AGACGAGGAGUUCACCCAGCCUGCCGACCUCGAGCUUUGGACUCCUCGAGCUGACAGCUAAGGGACCCGGCUCCAGUGCACGCACCAGUACGUUAUUUGAAUAACGCAUCCAUGUGAGCCGCGGACCCCAUAACUGCACGCGCAGUUCAGUUUCCCUCCUCACUCGCAUUUGGCUCUAGAGCUGAAUGGGUUAUAACUACUGCGGGCUCACAGGUUUUUAAAUCUCGGGCCUCGGGUUAUUGAUAUUUUCCCUUUUAGUUCCUCCUUUAAUUCUCCCUUAAAUCCCCCCUCCCAGCAGGCUGAGGGGCCUUAGAGAAGACUCCCAUGCGAGUUCUCUCUCCCAGGCGUGAAGGCUGCCUCCGAGAUGAAGAAAUGUUUCAACUUCUGCAAGAAGCUGCGAUCUUCAUCUAGCUGCUUCAAGCUGCUAAGUUCCUUUGGGGUCCAAACACACUACCCCACCGAAGGAUACCUGAUCCGGAGCAAGGACCUCAGGAAGAUCCACAAAGCUGCCUUGCGCGGGGAUGUGGAGAAGGUGCAGCAGCAACUGCUGCUGGGAAAAAACAAUGUGAAUGAUCUGGAUAAAGUGAAGCGAACACCUCUUCACUUGGCUUGUGCUAAUGGAUAUCCAGAUGUUGUGUCUCUCUUAAUAGAGAGAAAAUGUGAACUAAACUUGUUAGAUAAUGACAGUCGAACACCUUUAAUGAAGGCAAUAGAGUGUCAGCAGGAGGAGUGUGCAACAAUCCUGCUGGAACAUGGUGCAGACCCUAAUCUUAAGGAUAACAAGAACAACAAUGCACUUCACCAUAUUGCCUCUGGUCAGAGCAAAUUCAUGGCAGAAAAACUGAUCAAGCACAACAUUGAUAUUGAAGCAAAAAACCAGGUAGAAGCUAGCCUCUUGUAUAAUAAAGUAGAUUAUCAGCUAAAGAAUCAGUUUUUGACUUUGCAGGAAGACCUCACACCACUUUUGCUCGCAAUUAUAAGAAAUAACAUCAAAAUGGCAGAUAUUCUCUUAAAGAAUGGAGCAAAUGUGAAUGCCUUGGAUAAUUAUAAAAGAACGGCCCUUAUGAUUGCUGUCAGUGUGGAAUCAAUAGACUUGGUCACUCUUCUUCUUCAAAAUAAUGCUGAUUACACUCUCCAAGAUAUAGAUGGAUGGACAGCUGAGACAUAUGCUGAGCAGCAUGGUUAUCCUCUACAUAUUUAUAACAAACAAAUUGAAGAACAAUGGGAAUGUCAUAAUUCCUGUCCACCCCAAAUUGGCUAUGCAGAGAAGCCUUCUUGUAGUGGAUUUGCUUUGGGUGUAUCAUCCCUGGACAAAAAGCUAACAGUAACCUCACACUUCCCUGGGGCCAGCACUCCUGGAUUCCUUCCAGGACUGUGCACAUGUGGCCAAACCCCACUUGUUAUGUUGGGUUUCAGGGUCUCACUAUUUGCCUUCUUUAAUUGCAUUGAAGGUCUCACAACAAAAGAAAGUUAUGCAGAAGAUUAUAUAAACAGCCUCUCUGACACCCCAGGACCUGCCAAUCACUUGCCAAGAACAAAUAAUGAAUUGGAUUUUGAUACGGAGGUGAAAGAAAAAAAACCAAAGCACCAAUAUAAUGAAACAUUGAAGAGAAAACAUGGUAAGAAUUUGACUGAAAAGAGAAGAGCUGGCAAACAAUUAUUUUCUAUGGAGAUUAAUCAGCAUGAUAAAGAUGAGGGAAAUAAAAUUCCUGGGGAAGAAAUUCCAAUAACAAGCAUUUCCUCUAAGGGAAAUUUAGCACCUGUGCAUGAUGUUUUAAAAGGGUCUGCAAAGAUUACAUUAAAUGAAAACAAGGAUGAAGUGGAAAUGGGUACAGAUACUCUUGAUAGCUUCACUCUGGUCACAGGCACAGAGGAUUUUUCUACCUCAAAUUAUGUUCAAGGUGCUUCUUGCCUUUGGGAAGGUCAGAACAGAGUUCUUGCAAGUGAGUUAUCAGUGAAAUGUAAAAACUCACGAAUGGUAAGAUUUGCAAGUAAAGUUUUGGCUUUUGAAAACAUAGAGAACUGUGCACUACAGGAAACAUUCUCAGAAAGCAGAAUAACUGAAUCUCAACAAAAGCAUCAAAAAGUAGAAUGUGAGAACAGGUUUGCAAAGAUUACAGUAAUUGGAAACAAGGAUAAAGUGGAGAUGUGUACAGAUACUUUUGAUAACCUCACUCUGGACACAGAUUCUUGCCUUUGGGAAGAUCAGAACAGAGUUCUUGCAGCUCAGUUAACAGUAAAUUUUAAAAAGUCACAACAGAUAAAACUCACAAGGGAUGUUAUGAUUUUAGAAAACACAGGGACCUAUAGACUACAGGAAACAUUCUCAAAAAGCAGCAUAACUGAAUCUCAACAAAAGCAUCAAAAAGUACAAUGUGAGAGCAGGUUUGCAAAGAUUCCAGUAAUUGGAAACAAUAAGGAUGAAGUGGAGAUGGAUAAAGAUACUCAUGAUGACUUCACUCAAUCACAUGACACAGACACUCUUCUUAAAAGUUACUUACCAGUAAAAUAUAAAAAAUCACAAUGGAAACAACUCGGAAGAAGAGUUAGGAGAUUAGAACAUUCACUUAAGGGACUACAGGAAAAAUUAUCAGAAAGAAGAAAAACUAAAUCCCCACUAAGGCAUCAAAAAGUGAAAUGUGAUAGAGAACUCUAUGGAGACAGAUUGGAAGGUGAAAAACAAAACAGAGAAAAACUACAGACAGAAAUUAAUUACCCUAAUUACCCUACCUGUGCAAAUUCUGCCACAUUUCAUCAGGAAUCUCAGACAAUAAAACUAAACUUUCAGCAAGCACGAGACCAGUGGCUUCUUUUAAAGAACCAACUAAUAGAGAAGAUUGACAAACUGUCAAGUCAGCUUUCUAAAGUUGAAAAGGAGAAAAACCAACUAUGUGAAACCCUUAAAAUGACAACAUUAAUAUUAGAAGAAACACAGAGAAAAUUAAAGAAGAACAAGGAUAAAAUAAAAGAACUUAAAUACAAAAAUCAUAUACUAAAGAAAAAAUCAAACAGAUCAUUUUUCACAAAAGAGUCCAGGCAAGAAUUAACCCAAAUGCCAAGGGAAAUUCAUGUGCUUCAACAACCAUUUGAAGAUGCCCAAAAUGAAGGGGUCUUCAAAAUACAGGUAUCCGAUGAUAUCCAGGUGAAGUUUAACGAUCGUUCCAAUACUCUUAUUGCUAGCAUUAAAAAACAAGAUCAUGUGGAAAAAGAGAGAAAAAAGAAAGAGGAAGAAGAGUCAGCUGAUGAAUAUUUGCAUAUAAUGGAACAAAUAUAUAAAAAUGAACAGGCAAGAGAAGAGGGUACCAUAAGAAAGUUUCAACAAGUACUCAGAGAUUCCAAAAAUGAACCAUCUAUGAAUUCACAACUGCUUACAUCACAUCAUCAGAGAGUUUUGGAAUGGAAAAAGCAACUACAGAAGGAAUUAGAUGAAAUCAAAAGGAAAGUAUGUAUGCAAAAAUUCAAUAAUUUGUCAUUGAUUAAUGCAAAGUGUUUUCACUCUAACACUAAUUUUUUUUACCAAUAUUAUAAUAUAUAUUUGUGA